ACUUCUAUCGUUCUCAGAAUUUGCGAGUUACGUCAAUAAUUUUUCCAGAGAUAAUCGAGUUCAGCAACCCUCGGAAACGGCACGAAAUAUUUCCGUAGAACAAAGAUCAGUAGAAUAUGACGAAUCUAGACAAUCGAGUCGUCAAAUCGAAAAUUCUUGUAAUACAGCAAAACAUAUAGAAGAAUUGAAGCGAGAAGCAGCGAGAUACCAAGCAGCAUUGGGUGAUGUUGUGAAUUUUAGAUGGCGUGAUGACGAUCCUAAUAACUCCAUGAAAUUAGUUAAGGAUAUUGAAAAACUUCAACGUGAUUUACAGUCCUUUACUGGAGUUAAAGGAACCAACAUACAAAUCCAUCAGGAAGCUGUUUCUGAACUCUUCAAAAAAUACAAAUGUUCAACAAAAUUUGACGAUAGAGCAAUGAAGGUUGUUUUGUCCGCUGUCCUACAAAGGCAUAUUCUUGAGUAUAUCUACGAACUUUCUGAAAAUUUUAAGAGGAAAAUCCCACCAGAUACAGGUCUUUUAACAGACGACCAACUUGAGGCAGGCAUUGCUUCUCGGUUUCAAGAAUUAUGCCCAUUGAUAUCUCGUUUUUCAAAUGUUAAUCCAGGGAAUGAUGAACACACGCGCGUUCUUCCAAUAAAGUUACGUCAAUAUAUUUACGCUGCCCUUUCCAAUAGAGGAUUUGCUAAACAAAAUCAUCAACUCAUUCAACAAAUACUUGAAUCUCUGAUAAAAGAAAUGGAUCAAUACAGAACAGUAGAAUCAAGAGAUAAAAGUAAACUUGCUUCAAAAGCAACCUCAAUUAUUAGACAAGUCCUAAAUAUAUUUGGUUUUCGGUUACACACCCAAGAGCCAACACCCAAGACUCAAUUUUAUAAUGUUGGUGAUCCUAUUGAUGUUGAAGUUAUGGAUGGUAGUUGGCAAGGUGAUGCUAGAGAUUUUGAAGUUGAAUUUUGCUCAUUUCCAGCUAUCUUAGUAAUUGAUGGUGAAAAAAGGAUAUUUACUAAAGCUCAAGUAAUG